AUGGAGGUCAAAUGCUAUACAAACGAUGGGCUGUUAAUGGAACUUGGUUUUUACAAGGCCAUCAUUCAGAACAGACAAACCGAACGACACAGUUACGACUUCUUACUUUACUUUCCUCGGAAGUCGUCGGGGAAUUCGGCGAACAAAUUGAAGAGUUUGGCUUACGUCUUCGUGAAUUUCGUGGACUCUGCCAUCGCCAAGGUCUGCUUGGAGACCCUUCCCCAGAAAGUGUCCGAUGGCAUGCCGUUGAGCGUGGUCACUUCCAACAUUCAGGGCCGUGAGGUGCCGUGA